GUGACUGAAUUGUGUGAUGGCAUUGUUGCCUUCCCCUUUGCCCUUUGGGCCGUACAUCCCCAGAGAGGGCCUGAAAACUAUAAAUCUCUAUCAUAUAAGGAGUAUAUAUGGACUUUUACGUUGCCUUUAGUCUGGGUCCUGAAUUUUCUUUUUACAAUUAUCAAAAUAAAAUUUAUUAAGAAAAAGGAUCCUGUCGUUAGAGGUUUUGGUCUGGAUGUAGGAACUCAUGCCUCGUUGAGGGCACAGUUGCCUGGAAAGCUGAGCUGGCCGCUGAAUGCACGAAGCUCUCCAAAGGAGCCUGGGAACUCUCGGCGGGGGGAACCUAUAUUGUCAGGGCCCUGUUUCCCGGGCUCCGCCAGCGCUCAACCUAACGGAAGUAGUUGUGCCGCCGCACAUUGUAAGAAGCGAGUUGAAUCACCAUGGCAACCGGGGGCGUGCCGAGCAACGCCUUUUCCGCCGGAAGUGGGUGUCAGAACCUCCACGUGCUGUCCCUCCCGUCCGGGUCGGGUAGUGGCGGCCCCGCUUGCUCCCCCGGGACAGCUCUUCGGGGAGCUGCUGCUCCCGGACCCCGAGCGCAUCCGUCGGGCCACUGAGCAGCUCCAGAUCGCUCUUCGGGAUCCUGCCGCCCUGCCCGCGCUCUGCGACCUGCUGGCCUCGGCGGCUGACCCUCAGAUCCGCCAGUUCGCGGCCGUAUUGACCCGCAGGCGACUGAGCACCCGCUGGCGACGGCUGGAUGCGGAGCAGCGGGAGAGCCUCAAGUCGCUGAUCCUGACAGCCCUGCAGAGAGAGACAGAGCACUGUGUGAGCCUUAGUCUGGCGCAGCUUUCAGCCACCAUUUUUCGAAAGGAAGGCCUGGAGGCCUGGCCUCAGUUCAUGCAGCUUCUUCAACACAGUACUCACAGCCCCCACAGCCCUGAGAGAGAGAUGGGGCUUUUGCUGCUGAGUGUAGUGGUGACCUCCCAGCCCGAGGCCUUCCAACGCCAUCACCGGGAGCUGCUCCGGCUUCUGAAUGAGACUCUUGGUGAGGUGGGCUCUCCUGGGCUGCUCUUCUACUCCCUGCGUACUCUCACUGCCAUGGCCCCCUAUCUCAGCACUGAUGAUGUGCCUCUUGCUCGGACGUUGGUGCCCAAGCUCAUCGUGGCCGUGCAGACUCUGAUCCCCAUAGAUGAGGCGAAGGCCUGUGAGGCCCUGGAAACCCUUGAUGAACUGCUGGAGUCAGAGGUGCCCAUCAUCACCCCCCACUUCUCUGAAGUCCUCACAUUCUGCCUGGAGGUGGCUAAAAACGAGACCCUGGGCAAUGCAAUACGUGUGCGCAUUCUCUGCUGCCUCACUUUCUUAGUCAAAGUCAAGAGCAAGGCCUUACUGAAGAAUCGUCUCCUGUCACCCUUGCUGCACACCCUUUUCCCCCUUAUGGCUGCCGAGCCCCCCCUGGGCCAGUUGGACCCUGAGGACCAGGAUUCAGAAGAGGAAGAAUUGGAGAUUGGGCUGGUGGGAGAGACUCCCAAGCACUUUGCUGUACAGGUCAUAGACAUGCUGGCACUACACCUACCCCCCGAGAAGCUCUGUCCCCAGCUGAUGCCCAUGCUGGAGGAGGCCUUGAGGAGUGAGAGCCCAUACCAGCGCAAGGCAGGGCUCUUGGUGCUGGCUGUGCUGUCCGACGGAGCUGGUGACCACAUCAGACAGAAACUGCUGCCUCCGCUGCUGCAGAUCGUGUGCAAGGGCCUGGAGGACGCCUCGCAGGUUGUGCGCAAUGCUGCACUGUUUGCCCUGGGCCAGUUCUCAGAAAACCUCCAGCCCCACAUCAGCAGCUAUUCGGGGGAGGUGAUGCCGCUGCUCCUCGCCUACCUUAAGUCAGUGCCUCCCGGGCACACCCACCACCUAGCCAAGGCCUGCUAUGCCCUGGAGAACUUUGUGGAGAACCUAGGGCCCAAAGUGCAGCCCUACCUUCCGGAGCUCAUGGAGUGUAUGCUGCAGCCUCUGAGACACCCCAGCAGCCCCCGGGCUAAGGAGCUGGCUGUGAGCGCCCUGGGGGCCAUUGCCACUGCUGCCCAGGCCUCCCUGCUGCCCUACUUCCCUGCCAUCAUGGAGCACCUACGGGAGUUCCUGUUGACAGGCCAUGAAGACCUUCGGCCUGUACAGAUCCAGAGCCUGGAAACAUUGGGGGUGCUGGCUCGAGCAGUAGGGGAGCCCAUGAGGCCCCUGGCUGAGGAAUGCUGCCAGCUGGGGCUAGGCCUGUGCGACCAGGUAGACGACCCAGACUUGCGGCGCUGCACGUACAGUCUGUUUGCAGCCUUAUCGGGGCUGAUGGGCGAAAAUCUGGCGCCCCACCUGCCACAGAUCACCACGCUCAUGCUGUUGUCACUGCGUUCCACCGAGGGCAUUGUGCCUCAAUAUGACGGCAGCAGCUCCUUCCUUCUGUUUGAUGAUGAGAGUGAUGGGGAAGAAGAAGAGGAGUUCAUGGAUGAGGAUGUGGAAGAGGAAGAUGACUCAGAGAUCUCCGGGUACAGUGUGGAGAAUGCCUUCUUUGAUGAGAAGGAAGAUACCUGUGCUGCCCUGGGGGAAAUCUCCAUGAACGCCAGUGUGGCCUUCCUUCCUUACAUGGAGAGUGUCUUUGAAGACGUAUUCAAACUGCUAGAGUGCCCUCACCUGAAUGUGCGGAAGGCAGCCCAUGAGGCUCUGGGACAGUUCUGCUGUGCCCUGCACAAAGCUUGUCAAAGCUGCCCCUCUGAACCCAACACCGCUGCUCUGCAGGCUGCCCUGGCCCGGGUGGUGCCAUCCUACAUGCAGGCAGUGAACAGGGAGCGGGAGCGCCAGGUGGUGAUGGCUGUGCUGGAGGCCCUGACCGGGGUACUGCGCAGCUGUGGGACCCUCACACUGCAGCCCCCUGGGCGCCUUGCUGAGCUCUGCACCAUACUUAAGGCCGUGCUGCAGAAGAAGACGGCCUGUCAGGACACUGAUGAGGAAGAGGAAGAGGAGGAAGAUCAGGCUGAAUAUGAUGCCAUGUUGCUAGAGCACGCCGGAGAAGCCAUUCCUGCACUGGCGGCUGCUGCGGGUGGAGAUGCUUUUGCCCCCUUCUUUGCCGGUUUCUUGCCAUUACUGCUAUCUAAGACAAAGCACAACUGCACGGUAGCAGAGAAGUCCUUUGCAGUGGGGACACUGGCAGAAUCCAUUCAGAGCCUGGGAGCUGCCUCAGCUCAGUUUGUGUCUCGGCUGCUCCCCGUACUGUUGAGCACUGCCCGGGAGGCAGACCCUGAGGUGCGGAGCAAUGCCAUCUUUGGAUUGGGUGUGCUGGCUGAGCAUGGGGGCCACCCUGCCCAGGAACACUUCCCCAAGCUGCUUGGCCUCCUUCUGCCCCUCCUGGCACGGGAGCGACAUGAUCGUGUCAGAGACAACAUCUGUGGGGCACUUGCCCGUCUGCUGAUGGCCAGUCCCAUGAGGAAACCAGAGCCCCAGGUGCUGGCUGCUCUGCUUCAUGCCCUGCCACUGAAAGAGGACUUAGAGGAGUGGAUCACCAUAGGGCACCUCUUCAGCUUCCUGUAUCACAGCAGCCCUGACCAGGUUGUAGAUGUGGCUCCUGAGCUCUUGCGCAUCUGCAGCCUCAUCCUGGCUGACAACAAGAUCCCAUCAGAUACCAAAGCUGCACUUCUGCUACUCCUGACCUUCCUGGCCAAACAGCACGCCGACAGCUUCCAUACGGCUCUGGGCUCGCUGCCUGUUGACAAGGCUCAGGAGCUCCAGGCUGUACUGGGCCUCACCUAGACUUCAGUCUGUAGCCAGGCCAGAGAGAGCAGAGCCUGCCCAAGCCCUCAGACCACCACCCAGCUCAGUUCCAGCUCAUGCCUUACCAAAGAUUCUGGGCCUUGUGGCCAACUGGAGUCUGCCCUGCUUACUGCCUUACAGGAUAUUCCUUGAGCUGGAUCUGUUACAAAUGGACAUGACAUCAUACUGUAAUAAAGGCAGUUUGUUUUCUGCUUGGACA